AUGGAUGAGAGGUUACUUGAUGCCAUUUGUGAGCACCUGAAGCCGUGCUUAUUUACAGAGCACACUUAUAUAGUCCGAGAAGGAGAUCCAGUUGACAAGAUGUUGUUUAUUAUAUGUGGCCGCCUUGAGAGUGUAACUACAGAUGGUGGAAGAAGUGGGUUCUUUAAUCGUAGUUUUCUGAAAGAAGGAGACUUCUAUGGCGAGGAGCUUUUGACCUGGGCACUGGAUCCCAAAUCUGGCAUUAACCUCCCAUCCUUUACCCAGACGGUGAAGGCUAUGAGAGAGGUUGAGGCUUUUGCUCUAGUCGCUGAAGAGUUAAAAUUUGUGGCCACUCAAUUCAGGCGCCUUCACAGUAGACAGGUUCAGCACACCUUCAGGUUCUACUCAUAA